AUGGAAUACCAGAUACUGAAAACACGUCCUUGUCUACUGGUCCUUCUGAUUUUUAUUCCCACUGUUCUGUGCAUUUGUCCUUCUAAGUGUACGUGCUCAGGAAACAACAGAAAUGUGGACUGUUCUGGCAGAAACUUGACUACAUUGCCACAUGAACUUCAAGACAACAUUACAUAUUUAAAUCUGUCUUUUAACCACUUUGUUGAUCUUGAUCAUCAGCUGACUCAGUUCACCAAUUUGAGGACCCUUGAUAUUUCAAAUAAUUGGCUCAAGAACAUUCCUGCUCAUCUGCCCAAGUCUCUAUGGGAAAUAUAUGCCACGGGUAACAAUAUUAAAGUUCUUCAGAAACUUGAUACAGCUUACCAGUGGAAUCUUAAAGUGCUUGACGUUUCCAGGAAUAUGGUAGAGAGAGCGGUACUUAUCAACAAUACAUUGAGCAGUCUCAAGUUUCUCAAUCUCAGUAGCAACAAACUUUGGACAGUUCCAACCAAUAUGCCCUACAACAUAGAGACGGUGGAUCUAUCAAACAACUUCUUAACACAAAUACUUCCAGGAACACUGGUGAGGCUGCUACAUCUCACAAACAUUUAUCUGCACAACAACAAGUUCACAUAUAUUCCUGACAAAGCUUUUGAUCGGCUCUUUCAACUACAAGUCAUAACACUUUAUAACAACCCAUGGUCAUGCAACGAUAAGCAAAAUAUCCCUUACUUGCUCAAGUGGGUGAAGGAAACAGCAGCCAUUGUGAUAGGGUCUCCAUGCCCCAAUCAAACUACGUCUUGGAUUAAUGCCACCCCACUUUUGUCUGCUCCCACAGUUACAGACACUAACCUCAGGGGUAAAGGAACAAAGGCAGUAGACACGAAUGGCUCUCCAAUGGCAACUGACCCAAUCCAAGUGACAAAAAUACGUGAACAAUUUCGAGCAAAUGAAGUUACAUUAAAUGCUACCUUAAGCCAAACUGUAUUAUUUACAAGCACAGAUAGACCAUUACUCCUCUAUCCAGAAGUUCCGACUACUCAAAAAAUUAGUUCGCAUGAAGCAGCAGCCACACACACUAUCUACAUUAAAAAUUCAACUGAUGUGAACUCAAGCAUGAUGAGUUCAACAGGAUCAUCCACUACUCCCAUGACCCUAAGUAUUACCAGCAGAAUGCUAACAAACUACUCUAAAAUGCCUGCACAAAGCACAACUGCUACCUUAAGGAAAGAGGAGUCCACCACAAAUAUUUUUAACACUCAUGCGCCCUCCAAAGCAAGCAUUUGUGAGGUGUAUUCAUUCUAUGUUAUAAAGCUUAAUGCAGUGGCAGUUCUGAUUGGCCAAGGGCUUGCAUUUUCUUCUGAAAAUUAA